AUGGUAAAGUUCUGCAAACUCGGGUUCACAAUGCCAAAAUCAUUCCUGGUGAAAAUCAGAAAGGCAAACUCAUGUAACCAGACCCGAUACACCGAUGAUAAAGAGUCUAGCAAACUGGAACCAGAAUUGGCACCUCCUAUUGAGUUGCCCAUAUGGUCUCCAGUAGAGCACACCGGCCCCUCAGCUGGGGCGAAAAUUCAGAACAGCAAAUGUGAGCAGGAGGGCAUUGCCUGGAAGAAUGGCAGAGGCUAUGAGAGAGCCUCACUGAGUUUGCCUGAAGCCACUACAUAUGAUUUCACUCCAGGCUCAGGUUCCCAUCUCUCAAGAUCUUCUGGCAAUAAAGAUUGUUUGUUGACCUCCGCCUACAAGCCAAGCUUCCCCUGGAGCCCGUUCCAGAAUGUAUAUGACUUCUGCCAUCUCUCCCCCAGCUUGCAGACCACCCUCUUAGUGGAUGCAGGUGGAUUGUACAGGUCCUCUGUUUCAAGUCCACUUGAGAUUGAUCAGCCCAUUGACUACAGCACUCAUUACUCCUCGGAUUCAAAGUCGUACCACUGUGUGAAGUGUAAUAAGGUCUUCUCCACUCCUCAUGGGCUGGAAGUCCAUGUCAGGAGGUCUCACAGUGGAAUGCGGCCUUUUGCCUGCGACCUGUGUGGGAAAACGUUCGGCCACGCCGUCAGCCUGGAGCAGCACCUGAACAUCCACUCGCAGGAACGGAUCUUUGAAUGUAAAAUGUGUGGGAAAACCUUCAAGAGGUCGUCCACCCUCUCCACUCAUCUGCUGAUUCACUCUGACACCCGGCCAUACCCCUGUCAGUAUUGUGGAAAGCGAUUCCACCAGAAGUCAGACAUGAAGAAGCACACUUAUAUUCACACAGGCGAGAAGCCUCACAAGUGUCAGGUGUGUGGGAAAUCGUUCAGUCAGAGCUCCAACCUCAUCACUCACAGCCGCAAGCACAGUGGCUUCAAACCCUUCGGCUGCGAGCUGUGUGCCAAAGGAUUCCAGCGCAAGGUGGAUCUUCGCCGUCACUGUGAGACUCAGCACGGUCUGAAGUGUUAAAAGCCACACUUGAAG